GGCCAUGGGGCGGGCGGAGGCGUCGGAGUCCCGCUUCCCCUGCGCCCUUCCACGCCCGGCGGUGCUCAGCCCGCGGCUACCUGCGCCCCGCCCCUGCCGGCCGCGCCCGAGCCCAGCGCCGCGAGCCUCUCCCCGGCUGACUGGCUCCUGGCCCCGGAAGCGGGAGCGUUCACUUCUCUGCGAGGGGCUCCGUCUCCGCGGACAGAACGCGCGCCCCCUGGCCAGGCCCGCGAGGGGCUCCCGGCGUGGUCCCCGAGCGUUUCCCGCCGGGUGGAGCGGGCCGAGCCCGGCAGGAUGACCAGCCCCGCGGCCGCGCAAAGCCGGGAGAUCGACUGUUUGAGCCCGGAAGCUCAGAGGCUGGCAGAGGCCCGGCUCGCUGCAAAACGGGCGGCCCGCGCGGAGGCUCGUGAGAUCCGCAUGAAGGAGCUGGAGCGGCAGCAGAAGGAGAUCUAUCAGGUCCAAAAGAAAUAUUAUGGGCUGGAUACAAAAUGGGGUGACAUCGAGCAGUGGAUGGAAGACAGUGAGCGCUACUCUCGUAGAUCCAGAAGAAACACAUCGGCUUCUGAUGAAGACGAGCGCUUGUCAGUGGGUAGUCGUGGAAGCCUGAGGUCGCAGCCUGACUUGGAGUAUGGGGGUCCCUACGCCUGGACAAAUGGUUAUGAUGGAGAAUUGUAUGGAUCACAGUCCCUGAAUAGAAGAUCUGGCAGGAAUUCCAGCUACAGCGGUGACAGCAGAUUCUCUACUUUGUCAUCAUCCAGGGAGGAGAAGUUGGGACUCUCCCGCACCAACCUUGGGCUUCGCGGCGGUGGCUUGGCUCCCACACCCCUCUCUGCCCCAAAUGGAAACUGGCCCUCCUGUCUGUACAGCGCUGCCCGGCCUUCGGGAAGUUACCGGGCAUCUGUGUUGGAUGAAGGCAGCUUCGGUGGGGCCCGACGGGGCAGCACCAGUGGCUCCCGUGCUCCCUCGGAGUACAGCGGCCACCUCAACUCCAGCUCCCGCGCCUCCUCCAGGGCCAGCUCGGCCCGGGCCAGCCCUGUGGUAGAAGACAGACCAGAAAAAGAUUUUACUGAGAAGGGGUCUCGUAACAUGCCAGGCCUGUCUGCAGCCACGCUGGCCUCUCUGGGUGGGACUUCCUCUCGGAGAGGCAGCGGAGACACCUCCAUCUCCAUCGACACCGAGGCGUCCAUCAGGGAAAUCAAGGAACUCAACGAGUUAAAGGACCAGAUUCAGGAUGUAGAAGGCAAAUACAUGCAGGGGUUGAAAGAGAUGAAGGACUCUCUAGCAGAAGUUGAAGAGAAAUACAAGAAGGCUAUGGUUUCCAAUGCUCAGCUAGACAAUGAAAAGACGAACUUCAUGUACCAGGUUGAUACCCUAAAAGAUAUGUUGCUGGAGCUUGAAGAACAGCUGGCUGAAUCUAGGCGGCAAUACGAAGAGAAAAACAAAGAAUUUGAAAGGGAAAAACACGCCCACAGUAUACUGCAAUUUCAGUUUGCGGAAGUCAAGGAGGCCCUGAAGCAAAGAGAGGAAAUGCUCGAGGAAAUCCGACAGCUACAGCAGAAACAGGCGAGUUCUAUCAGGGAGAUUUCUGAUCUUCAGGAAACAAUAGAGUGGAAAGACAAAAAGAUAGGGGCGUUAGAGAGGCAGAAAGAGUUCUUUGAUUCCGUAAGGAGUGAACGGGAUGAUCUUAGAGAAGAAGUAGUCAUGCUGAAAGAGGAAUUAAAGAAACACGGAAUAAUCCUAAAUUCAGAAAUAGCUACCAAUGGAGAGACUUCCGACACUCUCAAUAAUGUUGGGUACCAAGGUCCUACCAAGAUGACGAAAGAAGAGUUAAAUGCCCUCAAGUCGACAGGGGAUGGGACCCUAGGAAGAGCCAGUGAAGUGGAGGUGAAAAAUGAAAUCGUGGCGAAUGUGGGGAAAAGAGAAAUCUUGCACAAUACUGAGAAAGAACAACACACAGAGGACACAGUGAAAGAUUGUGUGGACAUAGAGGUAUUCCCUGCUGGAGAGAAUACCGAGGACCAGAAAUCCUCUGAAGACACUGCCCCAUUCCUAGGAACCUUAGCAGGUGCUACAUAUGAGGAACAAGUUCAAAACCAAAUUCUAGAGAGCACUUCUCUCCCUGAAAACACAGCACAGGCUGAGUCAGAUGAGGUCAUGGGUGCACCAGAUGACAGGACCAGAACUCCCCUUGAGCCAUCCAGCUGUUGGAAUGACUUAGAUGGUGGGAACCACACAGGGAAUGUGGGAGAGGCAGCGGCGACUCAGGUUGGAGAGCAGGCAGGCACAGUGGCCUCAUGUCCUUUAGGGCAUAGUGAUGACACAGUUUAUCAUGAUGACAAAUGUACGGUAGAGGUCCCCCAAGAGUUAGAGACAAGCACAGGGCAUAGUUUAGAGAAAGAAUUCACCAACCAGGAAGCAGCUGAGCCCAAGGAGGUUCCAGUGCAGAGUACAGAAGUAGGUAGGGAUCACAACGAAGAAGAGGGUGAAGAAACAGUAUUAAGGGAUGAGAAACCAAUCAAGACAGAAGUUCCUGGUUCUCCAGCAGGAACUGAGAGCAAUGGUCAGGAAGCGACAGGUCCGAGUACAGUAGACACUCAAAGUGAAUCCUUAGAUAUGAAAGAGCCUGAGGAAGAAAAGAAUGACCAACAGGGAGAGGCAUUGGACUCAUCGCAGAAGAAGACAAAGAACAAGAAAAAGAAAAACAAGAAGAAAAAAUCCCCAGUACCUGUAGAAACCCUUAAAGAUGUUAAAAAAGAGUUAACUUAUCAGAACACAGAUUUAAGUGAAAUUAAGGAAGAAGAGCAGGUAAAGUCUACUGACAGAAAGUCCGCAGUGGAAGCCCAAAACGAGGCGCCUGAAAAUCCAAAACAGAAAAUUGCGGCAGAAAGCAGUGAAAAUGCUGAUUGUCCGGAGAAUCCUAAAAUUAAGUUGGCUGGAAAACUUGACCAAGAAGGCGAUGAUGUAAAAACAGCAGCUGAGGUGGUACUAGCUGAUGGAGACACAUUAGAUUUUGAGGAUGACACAGUUCAAUCAUUAGGCCCGAGGGCUGGUGGUGAAGAAUUAGAUGACAGUGUUGCAAAAGAUAAUGCUAAAACAGAUGGUGCCACUCAAAGCAGUCCCCUAGAAGCAGAGAGCGAAGACGCAGAUAGCUGCGCCCUGCCCGAAAAUGAAAGUCCCUCACAGGACAUUAGCGAUGCCUGUGAAGCAGAAAGUACAGAGAGGUGUGGGAUGUCAGAACAUCCAAGUCAGACUGUGAGGAAAGCUUUAGACAGCAGUAGCCUAGAAAAUGAUGACUUGUCGGCACCGGGAGGAGAGCCGGGGGACUUCAAUCCAGAAAGCAGAGAAGAUACCAGAGGAGGGAAUGAGAAGGGCAAAAGCAAAGAAGACUGUACCAUGUCCUAAGCUGAGGCAGGCGGCAGGUGUGGUGCCCAGGAAGUCUGAGUGUGAGGGGCUCUUUUCUCCACUGCCAAUGUAAGUAGAAUGUUAUAAAUUCAUAGAGGUGCACUGUAUGCCAAUCACCAGGUGAUCUGCUUUAAGUUAUAGACUGUUACUUGUAGAUUUCCAUGUAAUCAUUGAGGUUAUCACCCAGAUUAGAAAGACAUAUUUGUUAUCAGUGUAUGUUCUAAUUGAGAGCAUUCCAGUAGUAUCAAACAAUAAUGUCUACUGUUUAUAGUCCACUUAAUAAAAAUAGAAGCAUUUACCAUUUGCCUUAGGCUGAUAGGAAUGUGGAUAUUCUUGACCAAAUAUAUCAGCAUCUAGUUGAAAUGACCAAAUAGCAUUCUUAGACUUAUGUAUUAUGAAUAUAAUUGAUAUUUAAAUUAAUGUCUUGUUCACAUAUGUGUAUUUUCAUAUUUGAUUUUUAAAUGUACAUUAUAACCUGUAUGGUAUUUUAUUUAAAGGGGAUAAACAGCCAAAUAGCAAAUAGGUCACUGAAUGAUAAGAUUUGCACCUUAGAACAAUAGUCAUUUUAAGGAUAACAAGUAAACGUCUGAAAGCACGAGGGGCUUUGCUGGCCUUCACCUCAUAGAAGUCUUUGAUCUUGAACCAAUGCUUUUGGAUCUCAUUGUUGAUAUACCUGAAUUUACUCUGUAGGAGAUUUUAACUUCACUUCAUGCUGAUGAUGUAUCAAUUUCAUUUUAUAGAAAGAUUUAAAGUUUUUUUCUGGUAGUGAUAUAUGUCAAAUUACAUUUCCUACUACUGCAGUAUUUGAGCAGGGACAGUCAUUUUUUAAAUGUUUUUGGCUGGGCGCGGUGGCUCACGCCUGUAAUCUCAGCACGUUGGGAGGCCGAGGCGGGUGGAUCACCUGAGGUCAGGAGUUUGAGGCCAGCCUGGCCAACAUGGUGAAACCCUGUCUGUACUAAAAAUACAAAAAAUUGGCCAGGCGUGGUGGUGGGUGCCUGUAAUCCCCGCCAUUCUGGAGGCUGAGGCCGGAGAAUCGCUUGAACCCGCGAGGCAGAAAUUGCAGUGAGCCGAGAUCAAGCCGUUGUACUCCAGCCUGGACAACAAGAGCGAAACUCUGUCUAAAAAAAAAAAAACACAAAACAAUGUUUUCACGCCUGUAACCCUAGCACAUUGGGAAGCCAAGAUGGGAGGAUCACUUGAGGCCAGGAGUUCAAGGCUGCAGUGAGCUAUGAUGCACCACUGUACUCUAGCCUGGGAGACAGAGUGAGACCCUGUCUCUUAAAAAAAAAAAAAAAAAAAAGAGAUUUUGAACCUUAAAAUUACUUCUCUUUGUUUGAAUUUCUAAUCAUCAUUCAAAAGAGCAGUAAAAAAGGUUACUUGUUCUUGUACAAACUACUAAUUAGACUAUAGUAGAAUAUUUUAAAGAGCUGAAUCACUUUUGGUAUUUUGGUAUAAAUAUUUUCAUUUGUUAUGUCCCAGUGUAUUCUUAUUGGAAAAUUUGUGUUUUGAUCUGCCUGAAGAAAAUAUCUGUUUUCUAUAUAAAGAAACAUUUAAAAAAUAAUUGUAAAGUUAGAUUUAAAAUUGUAAAAUAUAAAAUCACAAAGGAAUGUACCUUAUGAAUGUUGACAUUUUAUGAAAUUAUGUGGAUUCAUAUUACUGUUACAAGAUAGAAUUUAAUGCAAAAAGACCAAAACCUCAAUAAAAUUUGAGGAAAACGUAAGUGUUAUUAUGUAACUGAAAUAAAAACAUUUUAUAAUUGUACAA